CUCUGCUCUGUCAAAGUCGGUUGGUAAAAUUCUAAACACGAGCCUGUUUUAAGACGACGAUUUUGAUAACUUAAUGAACUUAUAAUUGAAGACUAUUUUAAAUACAAAUAUAUCCAUCUAUUCAGGAUGUCGAUGUCCGUGGCAUGUAAAACCAUUAAUGUGUCACCUGCUUGUAAAACCAUUCAUGUGUCACCUGCAUUGGGGCAGUACAACCCAGAUUCUGUCGAGGUGAUCAUGAGCCAAAACGGGUGUGUUCCAAAUGAUCAAAGCCAGAUUUUGGGCACUGAGCUCAACCUGAUGGAGAUGACAGAAGUGGAGUACACCCACCUUCAGCACAUAAUACAGUCACACAUGGAGGCACAAGCGGCUGGUCCAGAAGGAUCUGAAGAUGCCCGGUUCAACACUACCGUAUUCACCGUGGAAAACUCUGCACCCCAACCUACAAACUGCGAAGCAGAAUACCCAGCCAAGUCUCCCCCGAACACUCCACCUGAUGCUAUGUCAACUUCAACUGAUGAGCAGCGGUACAUUCUCGGCGGCUUGAACCAAGAUGGACAGGUUGACAUCAAGGAAAUUAAAAUGGCAUUGGUCAGUGACGGGAACGUUAUACCUGGAGAACGGACCCCCACCACUUGCGGUGAAGUCCCCAUCUCCGUGUUGGCGAAAGUCAGGAGUGCAGUGGAUGCGACCCAAGAACGUGGCUUGGAAGCAUACAACAACGGUAGCACACAGCUAUUGUCCAGGCCCAACCCACCUGCCCGAGUUCGCUUGGAGAAGAGGUUCAACUGCACCCCCUGUGACAUCCCCAGACAACAGGACGUGCAAUCAGCAGCUCUUAGCAAUUUUUUGACAAUGCUUCAUCAAUCUAAUGAGGCGCAAGAAGCAGCAAUGCAUCCACAACCACAGAAGUGGGUGAGGUCAGAUCGGGGCAACCCUAUUGAGCUGUCAUACCCAUAUGGAAGUAUGUUCAACCCCAUCGCUGGCGCCCGUCAAGGAUAUGGGAAUGUCCCUCAUAUGCUUGACCCCAAUAAGCAUCAAGGGUUGAUCAUUCCAAAGAACUUCACAUUCAGCUAUCGGCAAGACAAGAUGCCUGACAAAGUUCCAUGCGUCAACAGCCCCAACCCAACAGAGGAGAAAGUUUGGGUGAAGGUGGAAGAUGAUGCUGUGGCGAAGCCUGCUAAACGUGGUAGGACCCGUGGAACGUGUGCUGUCAAGACCUCUGGCGUUGUCACAGACUCAGUGGAGGGAAGAGCAACUGGAGGAGCAGGCACGAAAAAGAGAGGAGGGCCGCCAGUGGAAAGUAGCCAGCGCAGAGAGAGACACAACAGCAAGGAGCGGGACCGCAGGAGGAGGAUCCGCUUCUGCUGUGAUGAGCUGAAUGUGCUGGCGCCAUUCUGUAACCACGAGACGGACAAAGCCACCACCCUGCAAUGGACCACCGCCUUCCUCAAGUACGUCAGAGAGGUGUACGGGGACUCCAUUAAACAGGAGUUCCAGGGCACGUUCUGUGGCAAGACUGGUCAGCGGCUCAAGCCCAGCAGUGCCUCAGGCCAGGUCAUGGUCCGCCAGGAGACAGCAGAGCCACCUAGCACCCCACAGGCAUCGGAGCAGUAAAUACACACCUACACCUAUUUAAUAAUUAUUCUAUUUAUUAUUAAUUUAUUUUACCCUCAAGAGUAGUUGUGAUUUAUCGGGUUUGGCUUUGGAAUGUUAGCUGUCACAAAAGCAUCAGGUAUUGCCAGAGGGACAGACACAUCCAUUUGAUUGUUUUUUUCAGGGGAGAAAAAGGAUUUUGGUGUUCUGUUUAUUGCUUUAUUUCAACACCUUGAAAUAUUAUUUUUCCUCUGUGAUCAUUAUCCCCUUGACAGAGCAUGUACUCCGACAUGUAAUUUUCCAUCUUGAUCUAUUUGGGCACAAUUUUUGUAUCAGAGAUUUCAUAAAUGUUUAUUUUGCUGAAAAGUGUUCAAGUUCGACUAAUAUUUGAAACGAGCUUCCCUUCCAAACCUCAUGAAUGACAAUUAAAACAGGUGAAGGUUUUAAGUUUGACCAUGGAAGUAACAUUCCAACGUGGUUUUGAGGGUCUUGAUUGUACAAUGCAAGUUUAACUGCACUCCAGGACUCCUAUGGAUCAGGUUGGUGUGUAUGAGGAAGGAGAGAUGUUUUUUUUAUACAACUUUACAUAAUUGUGAUUCUUUAUGAGCCAACAAACCUUUUUAUAAAAAAAAAAAAGUGCUUUACUGAAAGUCAUGCACAGGAGGCACUGUUUCUCUAGGAUAGGAGUUAACAUGGUGAUCUACUGACUAGAUUUCAGUUUAUUUAACAGAUGUAAUAUAGUUCCAUUUUUAAUCAUACGUGCAUCUUUAUCUGCAAUUGUAAUUUAUUUUGAAUUUGUGUUUUAUACAGGGUUGUUUGGUACUUGUGGCAACAGUAAACCACAUUAACAACAAAUGCAGCCUUCUAAAUGUAUAUUGUUCAGUGUUGCUCCACUCUGUAUAUACAACUCUGGAAAAAGUUCAGUUUUUCAUAUUACCUUAAUAUUAGAUAUUUAAAAAUAAAUGUCACUUAAUUUACUUGCCUUUGUGUUUAUCUCCUGAUUGUUUGAUUGCAUGAACAUUCAGUUGGUUAACUUAUGUAGAAAAGAGUAAUGUUUUACUGAAAAGUGGCUUUAUUUGUUAUUUCUUACAACAUGGUGCUGUAGCAACUUACUGUACAUACAACAGUCACCCACAAAUAAUAAAUAGUAUUUAAAGUCAUGUAUAUUUAAUAGUUACAGCACCGGUACAAAGUGGAUGUGGUCAUUGCAAAAUAAAAAAGAAAGCACAAAUCGUUAAUGAGUUAUUCUACAAUUACAAUUUGAUGCAUCCACAUUUUUUUAUUUUCAAAACUUAAUGGAAAAGAUUUUUAAAUCAAACAUGUAAUCAUGAAAUGUGAAAAAAGUAAACAGGCAACAAAUAAACUUGACAAAAUGUUUUAAAAAAAAGCUAGUCUAGCAAGAGUUGGAAAAUA